AUGGACCAAGUUCAAGUGUUAUCAGCUGUUUGUAAAAGACUGAACGGUGAUGUUGAAUCAUUGAUGAGUCAAAUGACAUUGCGGCAAUCUGCAUUAGCUCAAAUAGAUGCCAAUCAACAAUCUCAAGAUGAUCAACUUCGUCAAUUUAAUAUGGAUCUGCAAAUCAAACUGUCGAGAACCGAUGCAAUUAUACAAAAACUACAAGUAGAUACCGAACAUAUCUCACAUGGUUUACGCGAUGCUAUCAAUGGCCAGCAGGAACUGAAUCGAUCGAUUGCACAGCGCCAUCAAGAACUUAAAGCAGAACUUUCAUCAUUGAGUCAACGGAUUGAGCGUAUGUUCAAUGAACAGCAAGUGGUGCUACGCACAUUCGAGACGGAUACUGCACGAGCUUUAGCAACAGCUGAUUCACGUGCUCGGGCGUUCGUAGAUGAGCUUCGAACAGAAGUUUUUCAAAUUAAAGCCCAGAAAGUCAGUGAACGAGAACGUGCAGAACAACGUAUAACUCAAAAAAUUGAUGAAGUCAAACGAUCUUUAGAAAAUUAUGAUCGUUAUGAAAAGCGUAUUGAAGACGCCAUACGUCAAUUCGAACGUAAGAAUUUAGAUGUUGAGGAGCAUUAUAAACGAUCCAUCCACGAUUUAAAUCGUAAUGCCACUGCAAUUGAACAAGAUGUUUAUAAGCGUUUCGAUGAUCGAUAUCAGCGUACGAUAACAAGUCUGGAUAAGGUGAAAAAAGAGAUGCGGGCAUGUUUUGAAACGCUUGAAAGUUCGGUGGAAACCCUACAACGUAUAACUGAUGCUCGGAUCAAAGGUACGGAAGAAAAACUCGAACGACAAGUUCAAAAACUUCGCCGUGAGAUUGAUAUAAUGUGA